ACAUGAUCUGCUCUUUUGACACCAGUGUAAACCGCUGUGGUAAGGCAACCAAGGUGAGAUCUCCACAUAACCUCACAACAAUUGCCAAGGAGAUAACAGCUACCCCUGAUAACUACACCAGUCCAAGCCGAGGUUCCAAAAGUGAACAAACUGAACCUCCUACUGAACGAAAACCUCCUACUCAAAGAAAAGAUCAGGAUUUCUGGACAGCAGCCAUCAUUCCUGUUGUAAUACUGGCCCUGAUAGCAAUUUGUGGCUGUGUUUACAUUUACAAGACAGGGCACGCAAAUGAUUGCUUUUGGUACUGUCGCAGUGAUGCUGAAAAGGGCUCAGGUGCACUUGAUGCAGAUGGGGCUGAAGAACCACCAUCAAAAAUUGGAAUAAUUUCAAUACCAGAAUCAUUGGAACUGCUGUUAAAAGAGGGUGAUUCAGAGAUCCCAACAUGUUCUUGUGAAAUGGACUCUAAGAAAGAUGGGGCUCAAGAAAAGUUGGCAAAUCUCGCUACAUGUACACCUUGUACGCUGGAAGCAAUGUCCCAAGAAUUAAGAGAACCAUUGCCAAAAGAGGGUGAUCCAGAGGUUCUGACAUGUUCCUGUGAAAUGGACAUGAAGAAAGAUGGGGCUCAAGAACAGUUGGGAUUAUUUGAUACAUGCACACCUUGUACGCUAGAAACAAUGUCCGAAGAAUUAGGAGAACCAUUGCCAAAAGAGGGUGAUUCUGGUAUCCUGACACGUUCUAGUGAAAAGGCAACAAAGAAAGGUAUUGCAAAAUGUUUUUGUCUUGAAUUGUCCAAAAACACGGAACAUGUUCAAGUACAUAUUUUAAUACUGAAAGGCAUUGAUAAGUGCAUUAAAGGCAUUUGAACGAUUGGUUUUACAUGAGGAUUUCAUCCAAGUUUAGUUAUCUGGUGUGCUGAAAUACAAUCCAUAAGUAUUUUAAA